AUGCAAAAGAAAUGGUGGAAGGAUCUUAUAGCAAGACUAAAUCAAGAGAUAGCGGUGAAGGAUUACCUGAACAAAAAGGUUAAUGAUCUAGAAGAGGAGCUUGAAACUACUAAGCAGAAAAGCAAAGAGAACUUGGAGCAAGCUAUUAUGACCGAGAGGGAAAGAUUUACUCAGAUGCAGAUGGGGGCUCACUUGUUUUGUCAACAACUAGAGGAUCUCUGUAGGCGCUAUGAAGAAUUAGAGGCAAAAUCAAAAGCAGAUAUUAAAAUUCUUGUCAAAGAGGUCAAAUCUUUGAGGCGUUCUCAUGUGGAACUUGAAAAGGAGCUCACUCAAUCUUUGACAGAUAAAACUGAAGUCGAGGCUCAGCUGCUUGCCGAGUUUGAUGAAAACGCUGCUGCUCAAGGCAUCCAUAAAGAUCCCAGCAUGGACACUGAAACAAGAAUCAUGGAGGACGAGCUGAUGAAGAUACUGGCAAAACUACUCCAAUCAUCACGGAGAACGCGAAAUUGA